UCAUGCUUCCUCGGACGCCGGACACAAACUCACAGUCAAAGACACGCGUCAUCCGCUCUCUUGGGAUAUAGGUGUUAGGGCGAACACGCAAGUGUCCUCGGUCGCAUACCCCGCGGCCUUCUCCUGCCGGUUGGGGCCCUUGCGGCGAGCCGCAGUUGCUGCUUCCCAGUUGAAACGGGCCAGGCAACGGCAGGUUCAGUCGUCAGUCAUCAUUGUUGGAUCUGCCUAGCCCCAGUGCCGCAGACCGCGAGCUCAUCAUCUCGAUUGGCCGAACCGCUUCUUGUUACCUGUCCACCGGCGCGUCUAUCUCUGUCGCAACAACCGCGUUGGUGUCGUAUCUGAACCACAGACGCUUCAGCUCGGCUCACCUCGAACUACGACCUCCGACUUUUUCGCGUUCAGUUUGUCCCAUAAGCUCUCCGAGACAGGCUGUGGAAGUAGCUUGGCGUCGCCGCUCUGCAGCCGCGGUAGAUCUUCCGGCAUCCAAGCGCCUGUACCCGCUGCACGGCAUUAGGGUCAUCUCGGUGCCUUGCUGACGCUGUUGGACGAAUCUUCACCACCCCGUUACAUGGCAGCUGUCGCUCCGUCGACCUUGAAAUCGACUUUGAACCCUUGGGACCCCGGUAUCCACCCUGCACUGCCGUCAAACGAGCCCAUGACAGACAUUAUGUCGUACCAAUACCCGCCGCCGCCUCCGAACGGCGCCGACAUGGACAUGUCGUCAUCCGGCUACUUGCCCGGCUAUUCCGUGCCACCGCAUGCGCCUUUGGGAAUGGACCCAGACACGGGCAUUCCGUCUAGGGAGCGUUCGGACUCGCUGAAGUUGACAAGGUCGAUAUCGACGCCGGUCGUCGGCCAGUCGCAGUCCCAAGGUCAGGCAUCGCAGCCCUCCACGCCGCAGCAAUCGAUUGCGCCCGGUCAGGAUCCAUCUGGAGAGAAGAGGAGGAACAAAUUAGGCUAUCACCGGACCUCUGUUGCAUGCGGCCAUUGUCGUCGCCGCAAGAUUAGGUGUGUCCCGUCGCAAAACGACGUUCAGGGGCGUUGCAUCAACUGCAUACGGCUCAAAAAGGAAUGUAGCUUUUACCCCGUCGACCAGCAGCCGCCAGUAGACACGAGACAGAAAACGAGUUCGCGGUCAUCCGUCGGCCCCAAGGUCGGCUCUGCAUCCUCGUCGCCAGCCAUGCAACCGGGGAUUCUGACCGACGUUCAAGGGCAGCAGCCCUAUCCUCAACUGGCCAUGUCGCCCGUCCAGAACAUGGCACCACCGAUGAAGCCUUCAGGAAGUGAGAGCUAUCCCCCCGAUCCCAAGCUGCCGUCAAGCGCGUCAAGCACCCGCACGUACGAAUACGGGCAGCAUGGAAUGACCAACUGGAUGUCGUCAGAUGCGAGUCCCAGCUCCUCAAAGCCAAGCGACAUAAACGCGACCUGGCGGUCAUACCCUGGUGAUUCUCCCAUCACGCCCGCCUUUUCCCCUUAUACACCGCAUGCGCCGCCGCCCUCAGCCACCUGGUCGGCAUCAGUUGCCAGCGAACCGUCGAGAGACGACCUUGCUUGGUCGUCGUAUCCGGCGCCCCCUCCCCGGUCCCUGUCUUUCGGUGCGGAGAGCAUGUCGAGCCACCAGCAGUAUCCGCCAAUAUCGCAAAUCAGCGGCAAUUCCAGUCGUGCGUAUGAUCGAAAAUCCAGUUCCGUGUCAGCAGACAUGUAUCCGCCUCCCAUUACCACAACAAUUCCCGGAAUCGAGACAGUUCCCGGCACGACACUGGAUCAGAAUGUUUCUUUGUCGGCAGGGGCGGUUCCUCCCUCCAGCUAUGCCCCGUGGCAGCAAUCGUACUCGUACUCGAAGCCAGGCGACGGCUAUGGUGGAUGGUACGGAGAGGCGGGGGAUCAGCACUCGUCCGGACAUGGACAUUCCGGCUCCAACUUGUAUUAUGGCCGGUAGUUGUGGGAAGGGCCUGUCCGUUGACGCUCGGAAUUUGAGAUCCCGUUUUCGAUGGUGCAGUUUCCCAGCUCCGCAGGGAUCUCGAGCCACCUCUUAUUGGCGCAGGUCCCGUGUGCUUGUGGGAGUCGAUCUCUCGCUGCAUUGUCGUGUCGGACUCCUGAAGGGUUUGAGGCUUCCCAAUUUGUUGAGGCAUGCGCGACGCAGAAGUGCCAAUUCGGAAGACGAGCCUGAGCGCAAC